AUAAAGUGGAAGAGAAGGGAUGGGGAGCAGAAGAGACUCUAACCUGAGAAUUCCAUGGGGGGAAGAAAGAAAGCUGACAUAAAUGCACGCCCAGUGCCUGGGCAGGUGACACGACACACUCAACCCCUCACUUUAGUGAUGUGUAUAUAUUUCCUGCUUCCUCUUCCCCCUCACAAGCUGCCACCUCUUUGUCUCUAUCUCCCCACCACUAUAAAAGCAUCCAGUCUAUUGUGCCCAAGAUGGCCCUCGCUCCAAAUGUCCAUGUUUCCACCCACCCCUGCCUCCAAGCCAAGAUAUCCCAGCUACGGUCCCAUAAAACUUCCACCCGCGAAACAAGGAGUCUCGUCCAUGAGAUCACAACCAUUCUAGGCGUGGAGGCCUUUUCAUCGGUGCUGAAAACCACAAAGCGGGGAACGGAUCAAACCCCGUUAGGUAUUGAAUAUGAUACCCAAGAUAUUGAACCGGCCGAUGUUGCCCUGGUACCUAUUCUCCGAUCUGGAUUGGGCAUGACCGAAGCAAUCAACAGCCUUCUCCCCGCCCCAGUCCCCAUCUACCACCUAGGUCUCUUCCGUGAGAAACUCACACUACAACCCGUCGAAUAUUACAACAAUCUUCCGUACCACCGCCAUGAAAACGCCCCCGUCAACACCGCUGCCGCUCACACCGCUAUCCUUCUUGAUCCUAUCGUCGCUACCGGUGCUACCGCUGAAGCGGCGAUUCACCUCCUGCGCGAAUGGGGUGUGAAACGUGUAGUUAUGCUCAGCGUGCUAGGUUCUAAGACAGGCAUUGCUCGGGCCAUAGACUCUUGGCCGGAGGGAGUCGAGUUUUGGACAGGGGCGGUCGACGAGAAAUGCAAUGAGCGGGGUAUGAUUGUUCCUGGCCUGGGUGAUAUCGGGGAUAGAUUGUUUGUUGCAAUUGGCAAGUAAGAACAGGUCGUAAUCAACCGCUUUUGUCUGUUCCGAUGCAGAGAUAUAAUUAUCUAGAUCUAAUGCCAAUCCAAAAUUGUCUGACUACCAGAGUGGUAU